AGCCAUGGGACGCGGCCCGCGGGCCGCGCUGGCUCUGGGGCUGCUGUGCCUCUGUCUGGCCCAGGCCAACUUCGCCCCUUACUUCUUCGACAAUGGGGUGGGCAGCUCGAGCGGGAACAUGGCUCUGUUCAGCCUCCCAGAGGACACCCCCGUAGGCUCCCACGUGUACACUCUGAAUGGGACAGACCCUGAGGGGGACCCCGUCUCCUACAGCAUCAGCUUUGACCCCAGCACAAGACGUGUCUUCUCUGUUGAUCCCACUUCAGGAAACGUCACCCUGGUCGAAGAGCUGGACAGAGAGAGGGAGGAUGAGCUCGAGGUCACCAUCAGCAUUUCCGACGGCCUGAGUCUGGUGUCAGAAAAAGUUGUGAUCCUGGUGACAGAUGCCAAUGACGAGGCCCCCAGGUUCACACAGGAGCCGUAUGUCGUCCUGGUUCCCGAGGACACACCUGCGGGGAGCAGCAUCUUCAAGGUCCAGGCGGUGGACCAGGACACGGGCUCUGGAGGCAGCGUCGCCUACUUCCUGCAGAACCCGCACUCCACCAUCUUUGCCGUGGACCACCUCAGCGGGGAGCUGCACCUCCAGGAGGGGGCCACUCUGGACUACGAGAAGUCACGGACCCACCUCAUCACGGUGCUCGCCAAGGACGGCGGGGGCAGGCUUCACGGGGCUGACAUGGUCUUCACAGCCACGGCCACCGUCACAGUCAACGUGGAGGACAUCCAGGACACAGCACCCAUCUUCGUGGGCACACCCUACUACGGUUACGUGUAUGAGGACACCCUUCCGGGCUCCGAGGUGCUGAAGGUGGUCGCCAUGGAUGGAGACCAGGGCAAACCCCACCGCGUGGUCUACAGCCUGGUGAAUGGGAGUGACGGAGCCUUCGCGAUGAACGAGACGUCGGGCAGCAUCUUCGUCAGGCAGAGCCCUGCCCAGCUCCGGAGGGAGGUGUAUGAGCUGCUGGUACAGGUGACCGAGGUCAGCUCUGCCGUCGGCCCAGCUGCCCAGGCUGUGGUCCCAGUCACCAUCAGGAUCGUGGACCUCAACAACCAUCCGCCCACAUUCUACGGAGAGAGUGGGCCCCAGAACAGGUUCGAGCUCUCCAUGGAGGAGCACCCGCCCCAGGGGGAGAUCCUGCGGGGCCUUAGGAUCACCGUCAAUGACUCCGACCAGGGAGCCAACGCCAAAUUCAACUUGCAGCUGGUGGGUGCCGGGGGCGUCUUCCGCGUGGUUCCGCAGACAGUGCUGAAUGAAGCCCAGGUCACGGUCAUCGUGGAGAACUCGGCCGCCAUUGACUUUGAGAAGUUCCAAGUGCUAACAUUCAAGCUCCUGGCCAUUGAAGUGAGCACCCCAGAGAAGUUCAGCUCUACGGCAGAUGUCAUCAUCCAGCUCCUGGACACCAAUGACAAUGUCCCCAAGUUCACCUCCCACCACUACUUUGCCAAGAUCCCCGAGAAUGCGCCAGGAGGCUCCAGCGUGGUGGCUGUCACGGCUAUGGAUCCAGACACAGGACCCUGGGGUGAGGUCAGAUACUCCAUCUACGGGACUGGGGCGGACCUGUUCCUGAUCCACCCGUCCACGGGGCUCAUCUAUACCCAGCCCUGGGCCAGCCUGGACGCCGAGGCGACGUCCAGGUACAACUUCUACGUGAAGGCGGAGGACAUGGAGGGCAAGUUCAGCCUGGCCGAGGUGUUCAUCACGCUGCUGGACAUCAAUGACCACCGCCCCCAGUUCGGACAGAGCGUCCAGGAGACCACGAUGGUGCUGGGGACCUCGGUGAAGAUCCAGGCCAUAGACCAGGACGCGGAGGAGCCCAACAACCUGGUGGACUACUCCAUCACCCACGCGGAGCCGGCCAACGUGUUCGACAUCGAUGCGCACACCGGGGAGAUCCGGCUGAAGCACUCCAUCCGCUCGCUGGAUGCCCUGUACAACAUCACGCCCAGUGGGGGCUGCACGUGGUCCCUGGAGGUGCAGGCCAAGGACCGCGGCUCCCCGUCCUUCAGCACCACGGCCUUGCUCAGAAUCGACAUCACAGACACCGAGACGCUGUCCCGAGGCCCCAUGGCUGCCUUCCUGAUCCAGACCAAGGACAACCCCUUGAAGGCCGUGGGGGUGCUCACGGGCCUCACCGCCGUCAUUGUGGCUGUAACGGUCCUCAUCUCCACCGCCACCUUCUGGCGCAACAAGAAGUCCAACAAAGUCCUGCCCGUGCGGCGGGUGCUGCGCAGGGGGCCCCCGCCCGAGCCCCGCUCUGCCGGCGUGGAGUGGCUCAAGGUCAGGAGGGCCAAGGCGGCCGAGUCUGAGCUCACAGAGGACCCUCCCAACGAGAACUGCAACAACAACAGCAUGGGAGGCUCGCUGCCCCCCCGGGCCCCAGCUCUCCCUCCACCGCCCCCCAGGGUGGCGCCCAACGUGAGUGCGGCCCACUGGACUGUGCCCACCGUCUCCGGGUCCCUCACCCCCAAGAAGCCCCAAGAGCCCCCAAAACCCAAGGCCUUGGGCAGCCCCAUCCCGUCGACUCUGAUCUCUGAGCUCAAGCAAAAGUUUGAGAAGAAGCGUAUCGACGGCAGGGCCUACUGCUAGAGCGCGGCCUGUGGUCCCCACCACCCCCACUCGACGCCCUGCUGCUCAGACCAUGCCCCCUGCCCUCUCCUUCAGGUCACCCCGUUUUGUAAGGGAGUAACCCCUCCGCAGGGCCUGGACAGGGCCGUGGGCAAGGGGUGCACCUGGCAAGUACGAAGCUGUCACCCAAACCCACGCUCCCGUCCUUCAGAGGCAGCCAGCUCUGAGUCCCCCACUCUCCAGCUCAGCCUCCAGACCUCGGGUUCUCCCGCGGUCCCAUCGCCAUAGUCAAGGAGCAGGCCUGGUCACACAGGGUCCUGACAGGCAGAGGAGGUUCGGGCCUGCCUCCGGUUGGAGGUCAGCAGACCUGGGCUCCCAUAGGAGAGAGUGAGCAGCGGGGAGCAGCAGGUGCGGCGGACUGCAGGACUGCGGGAGGCCGUGGGGGGCGGGGCAGGCAGGGCGGGCAGGGCAUCCUGGUAGACCCUGGGCCUGCUCUGCGCAUGGGCGCAGAGACAUGGGGGUGAGAAUGAGAGCGGGUGUCCCUUCCCUCAACGGCCCUGGACCCGGAGAUGUCCAUGCUGGCACCAAGGGCUCUCCUCUUUCGCUGCUGAAUCUUUCGUGUGUCGAAUUCGGGUCCAGGAACACGUUAGGUGCUCAAUAAAUUUGUUGAAUACAUGGGU